GCCAGAGGGAGAGAUAUCUAUUAACACUGUUUCAGCUGAAACUUCAUCAUUUAGCACAGUGACUAAGAGUAGAGAGUUAAGCAAAAAGAGGGAAAGAAGGACAAGAGCCCUUCCUAAGCUGCUUUAAGGGGUGUUUAUGUUUUUGGGUGUGUUUAUGAAUGACAUGCUUAUUAUGGGAUGAAGUGUUUGAAAGUCUGAAUGGAACAAGAUCUCAGGAGGGCAUUUACUUGAUAUAAGGCUCUUACUGUAAGUGACCGGAGACAGCAUUUCCAGUAACUCACCUGUGGACACGUGUCUUUCUUGUUCUGUGUAUCAGAUGGUAACAGACUAAAGGUAGAUACCCUGCUUAAGUAACUCAACUACAGUCAUCAAUAGUUAGUAAUGACUAACAACACUAUUUCUGAGAGGAUACACAUACCCAAUGUGUACAAAAUUGAUUUAAAUACAAUACACCACCACCAAUGAAGGGUUGCUCUUAUCAGGGACAGAUGUCUACAAAUCCAGUAUCUUUUCCACCUGCAGUCAGCAGCAGCCCACCACAAAGCGUUCAGGCUGCACUGCUGGAAUCGCCCAGCCUGCAAAUGCCACUGUCACAGUGUCUGAAAUCCAGCAGCACACAAGCCUCUGUCUCCAGCUCUCAGAGAGACAGCAUCAUCUACAGGUUGAAGAGCGGAGCUGCAGAGCACUUCAGAAGGCACAGUGUUGAUGGAAGCUGUGCGGAUCUGGAGCCCGAAUCAGGCAAAGACAAGCGCUUUCACCCUUAUGGGAGGCAGUACAGUGAUGGACAAGUCACGGGAUCUUCACUGUACUGCUGCCUUAGGGAGAGUAAACUACCUGAAUGGCUCACUCCAGUUAAUGUUGACAUUGCAGACGUACAAGAGCAGAAUAGCUGGACUUCACUCAGCACCAAUGUACAGUCCUCGAUGUUUAUGGGAGCUGAGGAGAGCACUGAUCAGAUACAGAAGCCUGAGGAUCCACCGAGUUACUCCUCAUCUACCCACAGUGUAUACAGCACCCUCAGCUCCCUGCACCAACAGUUUCCUGACGAAUAUUCAUCGGGAGGAAUAGAAAUCAGCUCUCGCUAUUCGUACCAAAGCCUCUCCCCACAAACCAGUCGAGAUGGUUCAGUCCAGCCGCAAUACCCCAAACCUAUCUACUCCUAUAGCAUUCUUAUUUUCAUGGCUCUGAGGAAUAGCAGGACUGGGAGCCUCCCUGUGAGUGAGAUCUACAGUUUCAUGACAGAGCACUUCCCCUACUUCAAGACAGCACCUGAUGGCUGGAAGAACUCCAUUCGUCACAACCUAUCCUUGAACAAGUGCUUUGAGAAAGUUGAGAACAAGAAGGGUAACUCUUCACGGAAGGGCUGCUUGUGGGCUCUCAACCCAGCCAAAGUGGAGAAGAUGCAAGAAGAGCUCCAGAAGUGGAGGAGGAAGGAUCCUGUGACAGUGCGAAGGAGCAUGGCCAGACCAGAGUUACUGGAUCAUCUUCUGGGUGAUAGACAAGAGAAGCCCAGGUCCAUCUCUGCCCAACUCAACAACCACACACACAAUCAUUUCCACAAAGUCAGCCUGCCUCCUCCAUACACCACCAAGACUCACCAAGGAAGACCCUACUACAGUUAUUAUAGUUUACCAUCACAAACUGUCUCCCAGCAGGUCCCAUACCUGCCCUCUUGUCCCCCAGGUUUCUCAUUUUACCCCUCCAUCCCCCAGCAACCCAGCACACAGUUGCCACCUAGGACUGGCAGCCUGGACUCACCUUUACCUGCACACACACCACCGAGCUACAGUGCUGCACAGCAGGCCAGCCACAGUGCUUUGGGAAGCAUGCAGGAGCUCCUCAUGGAGGGGGACCUGAGUAGCGACAUAGACAUGCUAAAUCCAAGCUUAACAGACCUGCAACUCCACGGUUGUCUCUGGGAGGAGCUUAGGAAUGACAGUUUGGCUUCAGACUCUCUGACUCUCAUGGACAUGUCCAUCACAUCUGAGCAGCUCAGCCCUGAUCAUGUCAGUGAUUGUGGGAAGGGCUGCGGUUCACGAAGUGAGGAGGUGAACACAUCUGGAUCAGCAGCAGCGCUGCAGGCGAGUGUUUCUGACAUCUACAUCACUGGACUGUGUUCAAGCGACUUCACCGGCACAGACAGCAUGCCAGGUCUCCAUUCCUCCAUGACAAAUCCUCCAAUCGCUCUGCUCUGAAGUGCUGUUUUACAUGACAAAACCUGUUCUACACUAAACAUAAUAAUCAGUGAAAUUGUAUGCUGAAAAACAGUUGGACCCAAAACCUUUCUUUUAGUUUUGCUUUCUUUUUGAAAAAUGUUUUGCUUAUAACCAGUUACAUACCAGUUUGAUAAGGCAGUGCAUUAACUAAAUGCUGUGUGAAAUAAAGCUUAUCCAGACUGUCA